CAAAAUUAACAGCAGCAAUUAAUUAAUCAAUCACCGCAGUAUAUAAUAACCCCGAGUUCACCACAACUUCUCCACAAACAAAUUAAUCAACCAACACACCAUGUCUCCCUUCUACUGCUGCCUCGCCGCCGUCCUGUCGCUGGCGUCGGCGUCGCCGGCCGCGGCGUCCAUCUCGGUGUCCGCCGCCGCGGAGCCUCCGGCCAACAGUUUGUUGCCGGCGGAGCAGUUCCUGCGGGCUCACAACGAGGCCCGCGCGGCGGUGGGCGUGCCGCCGCUGGCGUGGAACGCGACGAUCGCGCUGGACGCGCAGCGGUACGCCGGCGAGCUCCGGGCGAGCUGCGAGGCGCGGCCGGUGUGGGCGUGGGGCACCGACGGCUUGUACGGGCGGAACCUGUACAGGGGGAGCGGCCCGCGGGUGCGCGCGGGCGCGGACGCGUCGGCGCACUGGGCGGAGGGCGCGCGGUGGUACGACCGCGACGGCGACUCGUGCGCGGCGCCGCCGGGGCGGUGCUGCGGCGAGUACACGCAGAUGGUGUGGCGCGCCACGACGCAGAUCGGGUGCGCGCGCUGGUUGUGCCGCUGCCUGGGCGACACGUGCCCUCUCGUGUUGGACACCGUCGCCGUCUGCGAGUACUACCCGCCGGGCAACAUCGCCGGCCAGCGCCCUUACUAACGCAUAUAUAUGCCGCGGUAUAUAUAUGUAGCACAUGCACGUGCGAGCUCAUAAAAUGUUGUGGUGUAAUAACACGUGCGUGAUCAACUUUCAAGAACGUUUUUGUUCUUGCAUUGGA